UUGGGCGGUUAAAAAACAUGACCAGGCCCAUACUUCUUUUUGCUUAUUAAAGAGGACUAGUCUCUUUAGUUAGGUUUAUGUGAAUUUGAAUAAUUGCGAUUCCUUCGAUCCUUCUUGCCCAAUGUCCAUGGAUUCACUCUUGCUCCCCGUCACCCAACCACCCCCGGAAAUCUCCGAUGAAAAACAGCUGAAAUCGGUACCGGAUAAGCUAUCGGAACUGGUACUGGAACCAUAUAUUGCAUCGGAUACGGAAUCCGAAUAUGAAUCCGAAUCCGAAUCGGAAUCGGAGUCGGAAGUGGUACCGGAACAGGAACAAGAACUGUUACCGGAACAGGAUCCAGAACUGGUAGCGGAACAGGAACCGGAAUCUGAAUCGGAACCGGAAUUGGACCCGAGAGCGGAUUGGGAGUUAAUACCAAUUGAAAAACUGACGGUGAAUGAUUUGGCUAGCCGUUACGAAGAUGACCCUUCUCUUUUUUCUUUUGGAUGUCCGCAAUUUGUGUAUAAGAAUAAAGCUUUUCUUAAAAGAGAGGAGGACAUAAAAAAAGCCAGGGCUGAGUAUUAUAAGCUCGCUCGUGGCGUAUCUCCCUUCGAUGCUAUUCCUAUUCCACCCUUAGCAUUUGCUGAUCGUUGUGGCUGUAACUUACCCUCUCCCGUUGAAUUAACAGAACAACGUCGCCACCUUCUUACUCACCUCUCCAAUCUUGCUCUGGAAAUGUUUAAUGCUAAGAAUCAGGGUUCAAAUUUCGUGUUUGAUGAACUUGUCAAGGCAGCCUAUAGUGCAUUUCCCCCUACUUAUUACAUUACCUUUAAAGCAAACGAUGCUGACCAUCCUCAACCUUCCGACAGCCCUGCAACAACUUUCCAGGCCCAACUCUGGAACAUGGUGGCUAGAAAGGGUCCGUAUAUGGUCAAGUCCUGUUCCAUUAAAACCUAACACCCGCACCAUGGUAUGGUAGUCCGAGGGACACAUCUUAGAUGUGCUAAAGGAGGCCAUCACCUUCCAAAAAAAUUUCUUCAGAAAAAAAAAAUAGUUAUACCUAAAAUAAUAUUUAUCUAUAUGGUAUAUAUAACCAAUGUCUCACUAAUAAUAUCAAAUUGUGGAGUAGUUUAGUGGUAAAUAAGGCUUUUAUAAGCCGUAUGUCCUUGGUUCAAGUUUCUAUGAUAAUGAUUUUGGACAUCAAAAUUAAAUAUAUAAAAUUAUUUAAAAAUAUUUUGUUUUUC